AUGAAAAAAAAUAAAAAUCGGAAUUCGUGUCUUGCACUCGGAUAUCGAUCAAUCUCAUCUAUCCCUCGCGUUUCUUAUUACAAACAAGAGAGAAAAAUAGCUUCACUAAGAGGAUUAAUUGGGAGAAGAUCAACUUCAUCUUCAAACUUGUCAACCGGUUCUUCUCCCUCUGACAAUAACAAUAACAAUAACAACUUGAAAGACGAGGAAGAACUACAAACAUUUAAAAGUAACCAACUAGACAAUAGUUUUGAAGACUUGGAUAGUAUAUCUUCAUCAUCAACAUCAUCAUCUUUAAGCAACAACAACAACAACACAGCAGCACCAAGAUAUCGUAAGGGAAAGCUUAUUACUUCCCCACAACCAAGUACCACAACGAGCAAUUACAACAGCACCGGAUCCGGUGGUGGAGGAGGAGACGGAGGAAGGAACUCUAACAACAACAAUAAUAACCUAUCGUCAUCCUUUAACAAACAGACUUUGUCAUCACCAAAUAACCUCUCAUCCUCCAUGUCUUCAUUCUCAUACCCUGCACAAUCACCACCUCACUCUCAACUAUUAGCCAAUCAAGCUAUCAAUUCUUACAACGGAGACUCUUCACCAAAUAAUAAUAAUAAUAAUAAUAACAGUAGCGGUAACAACAGCAACAACAAUAGUAACAGCAACUAUAGCACCAACAGUAACAACAGUAAAAACUACUCUAUUGAAAUACCCGAGAUUAAUAAAAGACCCGGCAGCAGCAACACCACUCAAAAACAACGAUACAAUAACAAUAGUGGAGACGAUAUGGAUUCAACAUCACCACUCAUUUCUCCAAGAGGUUCUGUUGACUCUUCAUUUGUAGCUCCAAUUGAGGUUGAUACAAGAACAUUUUUACAAAAAGUAAAGGAUACAUUGAUGAGAAGACAUAUCUAUCUAUCACGUACCGUCAAUCUUGAAUUAGAAGAACAAACUACUCAAUACCCACCCAACGUUGUUCGUAAUCAAAAGUACAAUGUCUACACCUUUUUGUUUGUCAUUCUCUACGAACAAUUCAAAUAUUUCUUUAAUCUUUACUUUUUAAUUGUUGCUCUUUCUCAAUUUAUACCACCACUUCAAACAGGAUAUUUAUUUACAUAUAUUUCACCGUUGGCAUUUGUUUUAUCAGUUACCAUUUUAAAGGAAGCAUAUGAUGAUUUCCAAAGAUUCCGUCGUGAUAAAGAAGCCAAUUCACAACAUUACUCGAGAUUGACAAGAAAUGGAUUCGUCUCUAUUCCAAGUUCCGACAUCAAGGUUGGUUAUUUCAUCAAGGUCGAAACCAAUCAACGUGUGCCAUGUGACAUGGUACUUUUAAGAACCACUGAAAAGAAUGGUGCAUCAUUCAUUCGUACCGAUCAAUUGGAUGGUGAAACGGAUUGGAAGUUACGUCGUUCCAUCAAUAUCACUCAAAAGUUACACAGUGAUGAAUCAUUAUUAGAUAUGCGUGCAUCAAUCUAUGCUGAACAACCUAAAAAGGAUAUUUAUUCUUUUAUUGGUAAUUUUUCAAAACAUGAUAUUAAUGAAACUGAAUCAAUUAGUGUUGAAAAUACAUUAUGGGCAAAUACAGUUAUUGCAUCUGGUACAGUUAUUGGAUGUGCAGUUUAUACUGGUAGAGAAACUAGAUGUGUUAUGAAUACAAGUAUUCCAUCAACUAAAGUUGGACUUUUAGAUAGUGAAUUAAAUAAUCUUUCAAAGGUAUUAUUUGGAUUAUUAUGUAUUUUAGCAUUUGUAAUGAUUUCAUUAAAGGGAUUUAGAGGAUUAUGGUAUAUUUAUCUUUUUAGAUAUAUUUUAUUAUUCUCUUCCAUCAUUCCAAUUAGUAUGAGAGUUAAUUUGGAUCUUGGUAAAACAGUAUACUCUUGGAUGAUGAUGAAGGAUGAUCAAAUCCCAGGCACCGUAGUUCGUAGUUCAACCAUUCCAGAAGAAUUGGGUAGAAUUGAAUAUUUAUUAACUGAUAAAACUGGUACUUUAACUCAAAAUGACAUGGUAUUUAAAAAAUUACAUCUUGGAACUAUAUCAUUUACAAAGGAUAGUUUGGCAGAUUUGGAGAAUGAAUUAAAAUCAUCGUAUCAAUUGAAUAGACAAUCGACAUCUGCAAGAAAGAAGAAUAUUUCAUCAAAGGUGAGAGAGUCGAUUACGGCCAUUGCACUGUGUCACAAUGUGACACCAGUGGCAGAGUCUGAACAUGACGGACUCGAGAUUAGAGAAGAAGAAAAGAAACCAUUAUCAACAUCGAUGAAAUUCAACAAGUUCUUUAAAAAGGGUUACCAACGUAUUGUUGAUGACUCUGGCAAAAGAAAGAAAAAGGAUGAUAAGGAAGGAGGAGGAGGAAGUGACAAACGUCCCAUGUUGUUGCCCGACAACCACAAUGACAAUCUUGACGAACAUGUGUUCAAGAACCCACUCGAUCUACACGAAGACGACGACGAGGAGGGUAGUAGUGGACAAGACGGACUAAAGAGAAGAACAGCACAAAACUACCAAGCCUCUAGUCCAGACGAGAUUGCACUCGUCAAGUUUACAGAGUCGAUUGGAUUGGUAUUGACGGGUCGUGAGUUGGCCAAUAUCACUCUGACCAACCCAAUGGGCGACAAUGAGACGUAUGAAGUACUCAAUAUCUUCCCAUUCACAUCAGAGACCAAGCGUAUGGGUAUUAUCGUGCGAGAUGUUGAUGGUGCCAUCACCUUUUACAUGAAGGGUGCCGACGCGAUCAUGGCCAAGCUAGUCCAAUCCAACGACUGGCUCGAUGAAGAGUGCGGAAAUAUGGCACGUGAAGGUCUGCGUACACUGGCCUUUGGCAAGCGUUCCAUGACUGAAGACGAGUACAACCAAUUCCUCCACCGAUACAAUCAAGCCAAGACAUCCAUCUCGGACCGUGCCGCACGUGUUCAAGAAGCCAUUGGCACAAUCGAGAAUAACCUAGAGUUGAUUGCAUUGACUGGUGUCGAAGACAAGUUGCAACCAAAUGUAAAGGUUACACUUGAACGUCUACGUAACGCAGCUGUCAAGGUGUGGAUGUUGACUGGUGACAAGAUUGAAACAGCCACCUGUAUUGCCAUCUCUACCAAGCUUGUCUCACGUACCCAAUCACUCUUCCAAAUAUCAGUGUCUGACAAGAAUAGGGCAUUUGAAAAACUCACUCAAUUCUCUCGUAUGAGAGAUGCCUGUUUGGUGAUUGACGGUCCAUCGCUACAAUUGUGUCUGGAUAAUUAUCGUGAUCAGUUCCUCGAAAUCUCCACCAAGGCACCGUCGGUCGUAUGUUGCAGAUGUUCACCCACUCAAAAGGCCGACAUUGUAAGAUUAAUCAAGGAAAAGACAAAGAAGCGUACUUGUGCCAUCGGUGACGGAGGUAACGACGUGUCGAUGAUCCAAGCUGCCGAUGUAGGUGUUGGUAUCGUCGGAAAGGAGGGUAAACAAGCCUCGUUGGCCGCCGAUUUCUCUAUCCUCCAAUUCAGCUAUCUCUGCAGACUCAUUCUAUGGCAUGGUAGAAACUCGUACAAGAGAUCUGCUCGUCUCUCUCAAUUUGUCAUUCAUAGAGGUUUAAUCAUCAGUUUUAUUCAAUGUGUCUUUUCUGCUAUUUAUUAUUUUGCUGCUCUUUCUAUUUAUAAUGGAAUGUUAUUAGUUGGAUAUGCAACACUUUACACAAAUGCACCAGUAUUUUCACUUGUACUUGAUGAAGAUGUGACAGAGGAUAUUGCAUUUAGAUAUCCAGAACUGUAUCAUGAAUUGCAAAAAGGAAGAUCACUGUCUUAUAAAACAUUCUUUAUCUGGGUACUGAAAAGUGCAUAUCAGGGUGGCAUGAUCAUGUUACUCUCUAUUAUACUCUUUGAAAGCAGUCUCAACAACAUCGUCUCUAUUACCUUUACUUCACUCAUUCUUUGCGAACUCUUAAAUGUUGCAACCGAAAUCCAUACAUGGCACAGAAUUAUCAUUUAUUUUAUCAUGGGAAUUUGUUUGGAAGUUGUCUUCCAUUGUACCUUAUUAGAUUCAUUAGCCGAAAGAUAG